GUGAGCUGAGAUCAUGCCACUGCACUCCUGCCUGGGCGACAGAGUGAGACUCUGUCAUUUUUAUCACAUGGUUGUUUUCCUACCAGACUCUCCUACUAGUCUGCAGGCGCCUUGAUGGCAGGGCCUUGUCAUAUCCAUCUCUUUGGAUAGGAAUAGCCCAGGGCCCGGAAAACAAACAGGAUACAGAUAAUGGUCUAAGUUCCUUGCGCAACAAUUAGCCUCAGAAAGAACUGAUAUACUAGAAUGCAUCUUCAGUAUUGUUUAUAAGGAUAACUUAAUUAUCCUUAUAUGUUACAUUCUUUGCAUUGUUUUUAUGUUUUAGCAGCAUGUACUCUAGUGCUGUCUUGUUGCUUUUCUGCCUGUUUUUGAUGGAUCUUAGUAUUGAUUAAUACAGAUUUCAUUUCAAGCCAUGUAUUUUCAGUGAAGAUCAUGUUUUUAUUAAUCCAUCUUGAUUUCACUCAAGAAGAGAAUUGGAUGAACUACAUCAGGUGACGGGACAUUGUGCCUCCAACCCAAACAGAGGGGUUUAAGCAGAGCCAGAACAGGGAGGCCCCUGGCCUGCACUUAGGUUAGAGAGGUAAGUGGCAAUGUGUCUGUGAUUUUAGGCAGACCAGGCCAGUCAGCAGCCAGUCUAACAUGGAAUCCCAGAGGACGGGAAGAAAACUAAUAAUCCACCUGUCGAAGAAACAAAGGAGGAAAGAUCAGACUGAGAAUCAGUGAGUGGAGUGGCAGUGAGGGGUGACAGUUGCACAGGCGGCUGGUGCAGAAGGCUUUAGGUGCCACAGUAAGUAGCCAGGGAGAACUUGGCACUGCCCAGUGACUAGGUGUGCAUUUUACAAAAACUCUUGACAGUGGUUGGAGAAAGAAUUGGGCAGGGAUAAGAGUGAAGGUCGAGAAACGAUGGCAGUAGUCCAGAAGAGAAUUUAGAAGGCUUAAACUAAGGCCUUAGCAGUAAGAAGCAGGUGGGGGAUGGGGUGGGAGCUUCGGAACUACUUAGGCAAUAGAAUCAGCGGUCCCCGGGGCUGUUUUGGAUGUGGCCACGGGAAAUAGCCCACUUCUGAUUUAGGCAGAGGGUGGGGGGCGAGGUGGAUAUGAGGAUCUGUAAUUGAGAGGGAUCUUGGGCAGAGAUGAGGACCUGAGACGGUGUGUGGGAGUGCUGGGAGCCAUGAGGGCUCCCAGGGGAGUAUGGGGAGCCAGAAGAGGAAAGGCUCAAGGUGGAAGGAGGGGCCGGAAACAUCCAGGGGGCAGCAGCCCCGAGGGCAAGCACCACCCUGAAGAAGCUAAUGCAGUGGGGUCUGAGUGGAAGAAAUGAGGCAUGAGGAGAGUGGGAGUGGGAUGUGAAGACCACUUUUCCAGAUGUAACAGGCAGUAGGACGGCGAAGCAGUACCUGGAGGGGAAGGUGUAGAAGAGGAAACAAAUUUGCUUUCCGACAUUUUGAAAACUUUUUGUUUGGUAAUAAUUUUAAAUGCACAGAAAAAAUUCAAGAAUACGAACAGUAGAAAGAUACCCAUUACUCAGAUUUACCUGCAGUUAACAUUUGACUUCAUUUUGUCCUCUUGCUGUCUUUCAUACAUGCUAGUAUUUUUCUAAACCAUUUGUAGGUAAGUUAUGUACAUUAUGGCCCUUUAUCCCUAAAUACUUCAGUGUAUUUCCCAAGGAUUGGGAUAGUCUCAUAGAUAACUACAGUACAGUUUUCAAAUUGAGUCAAUUUGAAGUUGAUACUGCUUUUACCUAGUCUACCAUCCAUAUUCCACCUUUGUCAGCUGAUAUAAUUGUUUCUAUCACAAUUUUCCCUCCACUGCAGAUCCAGUCAGGGUCAGGAAUUUAAUCUAGUGGUCAGAUCUCUUUAGCCUUCUUUAAUCUGGAACAUUUCUACAGCUCUUCGUCUUUUAUGAAAAUGAUGUAUUUGAAAAGUAUAGUCCCCCCUCUUCUCUCCACCCUCUGUUUUAGUAGAAAACAUUUUUCAUUUUGAGUUUACCUGCUGAUUCAGUUCAGGUAAUGCAUUCUCAUUGGUGAUGUGUCCUUCUCCCAACUAAAAGCAUGUUAUGUCCAUCUGCCCCACUGGAGGUGUUAAAUUAGAACACCUGGCCAAGGCAUUGUCUCUCCACUCUUGCAUUUUUCCCCCUUGUAAAUAACUUAAGCAUUAUAAAUGUUUAAGGCUAUGCAGAUAUCUUGCCCCUUUCAGAAUUUCCUCUUAGACGUGGAAUUCAUUGAUGAUUCUCUCCUGAUCCAGUCUUUACUCUGAUAGUUGCAGAAAGCUGAUUUUUCCAAUUCUGGUAUUCCUUCUACGUUUAUCAACCAGCACUCACAUUCUGCUGUAAGCAAGAGGCCUCCAUUUCUAUCCUGUUUGUACCUGUGUAGACUCAUGAAAGCCUAUCUUCAGUGGUUUAUAGUGUAUCACUAUACUUAGUUAUUAUGGUGCCUAAAGUUAUUAUGGUGCUUGAACAUGAACACUGGAUGUGCAAGCUGGGUCUUGCAGCAUGUCCCUACCCUGUUUUUGAGCCUCUCUUUACUUGCUGGUGUAACAUGAUGUUCUUCUUGUAUGUUUCCUGCUCUCAGCCUGAAAUCAGCCAUUUCUUUGAGAAGCUGUGGUACCUUUUAGUAAGUAAUGGUAAUAGAGACCCAGAAUGAGGGUACUAGAUGUGCUCAUUACCACUGGAGUGUUUUUGUUUUUUGGGCUUUCAGCAAACAGAACUAGGAAAUACAUGCAGAUAUAUGCAUACAGCUAUACGGACUUGAAUAUACAUGCGUGCACAUAUAUGUGAUUUAGAAAUCCUAAGUUCACACCAGUACUUCGAAUUCAUCCCAGGAUUCAUUUUUGCCUUCCUUUAUUCCUUAUUUUUAUGUCCCUUUCUUUAGGAGAGCCCUGAGCCCAACAAAAUCAACACAUUUACUCAAGUUCUUAAUACAUCUUAAGUUGUUUCAGAAUUGCUGUUCAUACCUCUGCAGAAAACCUGCUAACAGUUGAAUUGUUUGUGCCUCUUCCCACUGCCACUGCCCCGCCUCCAGCUUUCCCCAGACUGAAUGGACUUAGGUAGUCAAAUAGUUUCUAAGUUGCCUGGAUUAGUUCUGUGUUUCCUUUUUGUUUGUUCUCUUCCUGCGAUUGUGGUAUUCAUGUGAAAUGCAAGUAGGUUGAUUUGUUUUCUGUUUUAGCAGUUUUUCCCCUUUCCCAUCCUCUUGAUGUUUAAUUUUAUUGUUUGAAUAUGUAGAAUAUUAUCAUGUAUUUUGUAUAGUAAAAACUAUUAAAAAGGCUAUAUACUCAGUCUCUCUCCCCCAUUCCUUCUGCUCCAUUCUCCACACUCCUCCCUUGUAGGCAAUGAACCUCAUUGUUUUCUGGUUUAUCAUUACUAUAAAGAGAAACACAUACGUGCUGCUUUUCCUGUUUUCUUUCCUACACAAAACGUAGCAUGUAUAUUACUCUUUUUCACUUUGACCUUUUGACUUUAGGAUAUACAAAUUGCUCCAUAUCAAUUCAGAAAUGCUCCUCAUCCUUUUUUAAUACUCCAUUGUGCAUAUGUGCCAGUUUAUUUAACCAGUCUUCUGUGCUUGGAGAUUUACGUAGGUUUCCAGAUUUUGCAGUGACAAAUAAUGCUAUAAUGAAUCAUCACUCUGUGCACGUACGUGUUUUAUAUUUUUUGGAGGGUUAUCCUCCUUAUAAAUUCAUAAAAUAGGAUUUCUGGGUAAAUGCAUAUAUGGUUUUGUUAGAUAUUGGUGAAUUCCCCUUAAAAGGGCUGUGCCGGUUUGCAUUCCCAGCAGUGUAUGAGAGUGCCUGUUUCCUCCACAGCCUUGUCAACAGUGUAUUGUCAAGCUUUGAACAUUUGCUAAUAUGACAGUGUCACAUUUGAAGACGAGCACUGAGGAUGAGGAACCAGCUGAAGAAUAUGCAAAUGCUGGAAAUACAGAAUCUAAGUGGCCGAAAGGGGAAGGUCUUCACAGGGAUCCUGUGCCUGAGUCUAAGGUUGGUGACACGUGUGUUUGGGAUAGCAAGGUAGAGAGUCAGCAGGAAAAACCUGUGGAAAACAGGAUGAAGGAAGACAAAAGCUGCAUCAGGGAAGCAAUCAGCACAGCCAAGAGUACAGCAAAUACAAAGACAGAACAGGAAGGUGAGGCAUCUGAGAAGAGCUUGCGUCUGAGCCCACAGCAUAUCACACACCAGACUAUGCCUGUAGGACAGAGAGGCAGUGAGCAAGGCAAAUGUGUGGAGAACAUUAAUGGAACCUCCCACCCUACUCUACAGCAGAAAACCAAUGCUGUUAAGAAAUUACAUAAAUGUGAUGAAUGUGGGAAAUCCUUCAAAUAUAAUUCCCGCCUUGUUCAACAUAAAAUUAUGCACACUGGGGAGAAGCGCUAUGAAUGUGACGACUGUGGAGGGACCUUCCGAAGCAGCUCCAGCCUUCGGGUCCACAAGCGGAUCCACACUGGGGAGAAGCCGUACGCGUGUGAGGAAUGUGGGAAAGCCUACAUGUCCUACUCCAGCCUCAUAAACCACAAAAGCACCCAUUCUGGGGAGAAGAACUGCAAAUGCGAUGAAUGUGGAAAAUCCUUCAAUUAUAGCUCUGUUCUGGACCAGCAUAAAAGGAUCCACACUGGGGAGAAGCCCUAUGAGUGCGGUGAGUGUGGAAAGGCCUUCAGGAACAGCUCUGGGCUCCGAGUCCACAAAAGGAUCCACACGGGGGAGAAGCCCUAUGAAUGCGACAUCUGUGGGAAAACCUUCAGUAACAGCUCUGGCCUUAGGGUCCACAAAAGGAUCCACACAGGCGAGAAACCUUAUGAAUGUGAUGAGUGUGGGAAGGCCUUCAUUACUUGUAGAACACUUCUCAACCAUAAAAGCAUCCACUUUGGAGAUAAACCCUAUAAAUGUGAUGAGUGUGAGAAAUCUUUUAAUUAUAGCUCUCUUCUCAUUCAGCAUAAAGUCAUCCACACUGGAGAGAAACCUUAUGAAUGUGACGAAUGUGGGAAGGCUUUCAGGAACAGCUCAGGCCUCAUAGUGCAUAAAAGGAUCCACACGGGAGAGAAACCUUACAAGUGUGAUGUCUGUGGCAAAGCAUUCAGCUAUAGCUCAGGCCUCGCAGUCCAUAAAAGCAUUCACCCUGGAAAGAAAGCCCAUGAGUGUAAGGAGUGUGGGAAGUCCUUCAGUUAUAACUCACUUCUUCUUCAGCACAGAACUAUUCACACCGGAGAGAGACCUUAUGUAUGUGAUGUGUGUGGGAAAACGUUCAGAAACAAUGCAGGCCUCAAAGUCCACAGGAGGCUGCAUACUGGGGAGAAACCCUAUAAGUGUGAUGUGUGUGGGAAAGCCUAUAUCUCACGCUCUAGCCUUAAAAAUCACAAAGGAAUCCACCUUGGGGAGAAGCCCUAUAAAUGUAGCUAUUGUGAGAAAUCCUUCAACUACAGCUCUGCCCUUGAGCAGCAUAAAAGGAUUCAUACCAGGGAAAAACCCUUUGGGUGUGAUGAGUGUGGAAAAGCUUUCAGAAAUAAUUCCGGCCUUAAAGUACAUAAACGAAUCCACACUGGGGAACGACCUUACAAAUGUGAAGAAUGUGGGAAAGCGUACAUCUCCCUCUCGAGCCUUAUAAAUCAUAAAAGCGUCCACCCCGGGGAGAAGCCCUUUAAGUGUGAUGAGUGUGAGAAGGCCUUCAUCACAUACCGAACCCUUAUAAACCACAAAAAAGUUCAUCUUGGGGAGAAGCCCUACAAAUGUGAUGUGUGUGAGAAAUCUUUUAAUUACACAUCACUCCUUUCUCAGCACAAAAGGGUCCACACUAGAGAGAAACCCUAUGAAUGUGACAGGUGCGAGAAGGUCUUCAGAAACAACUCAAGCCUUAAAGUUCAUAAGAGAAUCCAUACCGGGGAGAAGCCCUAUGAAUGUGACGUGUGUGGAAAAGCCUACAUCUCACACUCAAGCCUUAUUAACCAUAAAAGUACCCACCCCGGCAAGACACCGCAUCCAUGCGAUGAGUGUGGAAAAGCUUUUUUCUCAAGCAGAACUCUUAUAAGCCAUAAAAGAGUCCAUCUUGGAGAGAAACCCUUCAAGUGUGUCGAGUGUGGGAAAUCUUUCAGUUACAGCUCUCUCCUUUCUCAGCACAAGAGGGUCCACACAGGGGAGAAACCCUAUGUGUGUGAUAGGUGUGGGAAGGCCUUCAGGAACAGCUCAGGCCUCACAGUGCAUAAAAGGAUCCACACAGGUGAGAAACCCUAUGAAUGUGAUGAGUGUGGGAAGGCAUACAUCUCACACUCAAGUCUUAUCAACCAUAAAAGUGUCCACCAGGGGAAGCAGCCCUAUAAUUGUGAGUGUGGGAAAUCCUUCAAUUAUAGAUCAGUCCUUGACCAGCACAAAAGAAUCCACACUGGAAGGAAGCCAUACCGAUGUAAUGAGUGUGGUAAGGCUUUCAAUAUCCGAUCAAAUCUCACCAAGCAUAAAAGAACCCAUACUGGAGAGGAGUCUUUAAGUGUGAUAUAUGUGGGAAGUUAUAGUGGCACAUCCCAGAAGAGAACCUAUGAGGGAGGGAGUGCCCUGGAUGGGAGCAGGAUGAGGCUGCCUCUGUAGCAGGCAGAGCUCACCAAGUCUCUGAACUCAAAUGGAAGAAAUACCUAAUGAAUGUGAGAAUGUAUGGGGUCAUGGCUUGUAAUUUACACAGUGUAAAUGAAACCAUCCUAGAGGAUUGGGAGCAAUCCUUUCUAUGUGAUUUUCAAUCAUAGCGAGCAAGAAAGGCUCCAGUUUAUCAAAGUAGUUCAGCGCUUAUGGCAUAUAAAAUAGUCCAUACUUGAGAUAAAAACCUACCCAAGUGAUGGAAUGUGAAGCAAUGUCUUCAAAAUUAGUAGACAUUUCUGGACAUAAAACACAGAUGAGGAAGGGACUUUAAUUAGAAGUUACAUAAUCACCAUCAGAAUGUUCAUGUUUGGUAAAUUCUGUUACUAGAAAUGUAGGAAAUUCAAGUAUAGCUUUGAAUCCCAAUUACACAUUGGUCAGUGGGAAAACUGAGAAAGGCCUCCAACAGGCAAAUUCAGGGAGAGGUAGGUUUCAGGGAAUAUAAAUUUACUUAAUAUUAGUGGUCUUUAAGUAUAAACUUGAUGUAAUUGGUUUGGGAGGGGCAGUGAUAAUGACUUCUGAAACAAAAUUUGGAUUUCCUUUUAGGAAAAGUAGAAAGCAUAGACUUACAAGUCUAACAGGAGAUAGGAGAGAGUCACUCAUAAAAAAUGCAAAUUGAUGAACAUACUAUUGUGAAACAUUAGUUGAAUGGAUGAAACUUUUUUAAAGUUUCAGAUGAAUUCCCAUAAUGAUGAAUUUGUGAUGAGGGAUAACCUGGAAGUGGUAUUCACACAUUAUGCUACAAUAAAAGGUUCUACCGUGGAGAGGAUUUUGACACAUUCAGUAACUAAUGGAACACACCGUCAACAUGAAUUUGCACCUUACAUGACAGAAUUGAUUCAGGGAUUCCUAUGAAUAGAAAUGCUGAGAAGGAACGCAUCUUAGUGCAGAAGCUAAAAAGCUAAGUACCAGUCAUCUAGAGAGAAGGAAAUUAAUGUUUCUUAAUCCUGUUAAAUGUUUGAUUGUUUGGAAUAUGUUAUUGUAAAGAUGUCAUGCAGUAUAUGUGUAUAUUGUCUGUUGUAAAAUGUUAACGAAUACUUUGUUCAGGGCUCACUUUCUCUUUGUCAUGAAAGCCAGCUCCUUGUGGCGAGGUAAAGUGGAAUUCCAAUAAAGAAAUUCCUUAAAUCAAAA